UCGGCGGUGGCACCUUCCGCGGCUGUCCACCUGACCUUCCUUCCUAUUUCCCCUACUUGGUUUCCUUUCUGCUACUCGAAUUUCCUCUCGGGAUUCUCUCUGCCAUUGUGACACUCUCGAUCAUGAGGUCGAUGAGGACUCCUUUGGGAAGAAUCGAUACACGCCUGAGAAUGUCUGACACUCCUGCGGAUGAUCCAGUCACCUCCUCAUUCCCAUCAAUUGUCGCAUUUGAGGACCUACUGCAGCGUUACUGCACGCCCCUCAAUUACGUGGGAACAUCUGAGCCCAUAAUGAACCCUCGAGUCCAAUUCGCAUCUGAGACGUCUUACAAAUUGAUUCACGGUCGAGGCAUCGGCAAGCCAUAUCCUCGACUAGAGUUGGACGUCGCCCUGGACAAGUAUCACUCGUUGGAUGGGUUUACUGAACCGGUGAACCCGCGGAAUACCCCAGCGUCGAUAAGCCGCUGUGAAAGCCCCGAAGAUUCAGGUCGACCCAUUGAGACCCAGAGCAUGCGCACCAGCUCUGCGCCGCAAAUCCACUCUUUGGACUUCGAAUGGUUCGGUGGCAAGCCAGAGGGAGACCUAAUAUACUUUGACGGCAACUCGGAGAGCAAAGCACAGAAACGCCGGUUCUCGGCUGACGAUGAGCAUCGCUCUUCCACAAUCAUCCCGCCGAAAGACGUCAAGGACACUACUGGCAAAGGUGUCAGUGAGAACCCCGAAGAAAAUUCUCGACGCAUGUCUUGCGUACAAUUCUCUCCGCCAUCCGCAUCCUCUCCAAAGUCGCGCUCGCCUCCUGCAGACCAUCCUGUUCCUACGGUAGAGCGAAAGGUUGACUACGUUGCUACGCACCGCCAGCAGAAGCAUUUCAAGAAGUGGAAGAGUUCAAACCGUACUUUCACCCAGCGUAUCUCACCAUAUCGUAGCCCGCCCAAGGCACCGAAGAUUCGACCUCUGAAACAACAGUCUGAUGUUCUGUCGUCGUCUCUUUUACCUUCAUCGAGCCAACCAGGAGGUUCCGAAGAUCUGGCAAGUCAAACUGACCCAAGCCAGGAGACUGUUGAACACAAUAUCCCCUCGAAUCAAAUGGAUGUCACAAGUGACGCAACAGACGCCAGGGUUAGCGAACCCACUGACCCGUCUUCUGAUCUCGUGGGACUCUCGUUCUCGAUUUAUCGCGUUCCGCAGCCCAAACAACACUCAGCGCUUGGUUUGGGCGGAAGUGCAUUCCAAGUUGAAAUGACCUCCACACCAUUCCCAUUUCACGCCUCGAACCAUGAAGAAGAGGAGACUGAGCAUGAGGGGUGUCGCCCAUCGUUCGAGCAUUUGGUGUUCCAUCAUUACAUGGUCUUGCCCGCCGUCAUUGCACGCUUCCCUGUCGCUGUGUUUUCGAUCUUGAACAGCGCCUGUAACACGCGGAUCGGCACAAUCCUUCUCUACUUGGAAAAGAUGUUUUGGUCGAUUUUUAUCGCAUUCUUCCUUGCUUUUGUGGCCAAGUUCCGCCGCCGGACAGGAAGUGGCCCUGGAAGUGGCUCGGGGACUGGACACAAAAACACAAACGCGUCAUACCAUUGAACCGGUGACUUCUUUCGUGUCAUGAGAGCCACGAGAAGGCUCUGGGAGGACCUGAGAGAGUGGCAGGUUUCAUUACGUUCCGAGUAUUACUACUGCAAGCUGGUCUGUUGUUUGGUUGUCGACUUAUAUUCCGGAGCCUGUCAAGCACCUCUUACGUGAACCUUUGUCAUGUUUGUGCCAGAUGCAUCAUGGGGUUCUAUAAUGUGUAAGGGGCUGGUUAUAUCUUUAUCUUGGUUGGUGGAGGCGAGCUCCAAAUGCUAUUCAUUCUGGCUUCAACAUAUUCUGUCGUGUUAUUUGAUUCGUUUGACCUCAAGAUAGUACCGGUAGCUGAAGUAUUCCAAUGAGGGGAAUUGAUUGUGUUGUAUGACUAC